AUGUCUUUAACGGAGGUCGUAUUAGGUUUCCUGGACGACGCAGAGCCUUGGAGGCUUCGCUCGCCGCAGUUCCCCAGCAAAGUCGGUGGCAAACCGGCCUGGCUUUGCCAGCGAGGCCCGCCGUCGCUGUCCCGGCUGGAGUGCGAAACAUGCCGCCUUCCGAUGGCGUUUCUGCUUCAGGUGUACGCACCCAUCCCCGGCCAGGACAGAAGUUUCCACAGAACACUAUUUGUGUUUUGUUGUAAAUCUCCAGAGUGCUACACUCGAAAUGACAGUCGUUGUGUGAAAGUCUUCAGAAGUCAGUUACCUCGGAAGAAUGACUUCUAUUCCUACGAACCACCUCAAGAGACCGAACCCCUGAGCGAUUUGGAUCAAGACCAGACCACUCUCCCCGUGUCUGGAGUCAAAUUGUGUUGGGUUUGCGGCUGCCCCGGCAACAAAGCCUGUUCUCGCUGCCACUCAGUCACGUACUGCGGGAAGCACCAUCAGACGCUUCACUGGAAACACUCGCACAAGAAGACGUGUGGCAGCAGUAAAGACACGGCUGCCUCCCCAUUUCUCUUUGUGGAGUUUGAGCUUUUAACUGAGACAGAGGAAGAAGUGGAGAGUGGCAAAGGGGAUGAUGAGGCGGCCGUCGCUCAUACUGAUGCAGACUGUCCCACUUUAGCAGAAAUGCUUGCAGAAACAGACCUGGAAGAGAUGGCCAUGCACGAGACUGAGGACAACAAAGUGUUCCAGCGCUUUAAAAAGAAGAUUGCACCUGAGCCACAGCAGGUGUUGCGCUACAGUCGGGGCGGCUCUCCCUUGUGGGUGUCCUCACAGCACAUCCCGUCAGAUGCAGAUAUUCCAGUAUGCACUUGUGGGGCGAAGAGAAUUUUUGAAUUUCAGGUGAUGCCCCAGCUGCUGAACAGUUUGCAUGUGGAUUCCACAGAGGCCAGUAUCGACUGGGGGACUCUGGCCGUAUACACCUGUUCUGUUAACUGUAACCAUGAGGAACAAUACUGCCUUGAGUACAUUUGGAAGCAAGACUUUAGCACAGAGCAGCAAAUGUAA